CAAGCACACGUCCGGGAAGAGCAUCGACGGAAGUUUAUUGACAAUCGUUAACUGCCGAAUAUCACGGUAAGGGAGUAAAGUCCGGCCAUGCUGUCCGUCCCGUCGCUGCUGUUACUGCUAAUUCUCUCGGGCGCGAAAGUCAGCUCCAAACCCAUCGAACGCGCCUCGGAAGGGGGUGCAGGGAAUGAAAUAGACACGGGGUUGCAGGGGGAUUAUAAGAGGGAAGCCGAGGUUGGGGAAGUUCCCGGAGCCUCGGCGAGGACGUCGAAUGACCAGUUGACCUCUGGUGCGAAGAGGGUUUCGCCUCCGACGUCAUCGACCUUGUUGGAAAAUGUCACGGUGGACGACGGCGCGAAACGACCGCAAGGACUCGCCUGGAUCCUGGCACCCUUUGCGCAGAAGGUUCAAUUCUCACCCCAGACCUUCUUCCAGGACAGGAUCGGAGAGCUCAAGGAGAGCUUGAGCCACCUCGGCUCGAUCGUUUCCAACGAUCAGGGCAACGGCAGCAAACAGUUCGCUAAUGGGGCCCUCGCCAAUCUGAUUGGAUUAAACGACUCCGGAUUUUACACCAACAGGUUUGAUCCUGCCGGGUUCUUCGGCGGCAACGGAUGGUUCGCCAACAAAGGAGGCAUCCUCGGUGGUCCUGGAGCCUUUGUUUCGACUGGCAGUAUUCUCACGGACUAUCCGACUGCUUAUAGAAAAUAACACCGAGCUACGCAACGAGAAUCAUACUUCAACUUGACCUGACAAAGUGGAAACUUUUUUUCUAAGAGUUUUCUCGGCAUGUUUUAUGGACGAGAAAAGCCCGUUGCCAGAAGAAUGUAUGUACGGUGUAUAUGGUUGGGAUCUUUGGAUGUUUGAAUUUGAGAACGUCACCCCCCAAAGAUAAAGCUUCAUUUUUUACCUUUUUUGUUUUUGUGAAGUAUAUUCGUUGAUUGAAUAUUCGUUUUUUAGCAGUUUAUGGAUUCAGCUUUCGAUUCUACCUUCUACAAGAGAUCGUAGAAGCUGGGGCUAAAUUAAGGACGCAACGAUGUAGAUGCAUACAUUCUUCUGUAUAAUGGAAACACGGUUAUUGGAUUAUACACUGCAAGGAAAAAGUCGUCAGUGAAAAUCGCAAAGAAUAUCAUUUCAAGCGGUCGUUGAUACAUGAUUAGAAAAAAAAAAAGAAAACAAUCAACUAAUGGUAUUCCAUUGCCUGAAACAAUAUACUUUUGCGUUGAAAACUUGAUGAUUCCAACUGAAUUUUUAAACUCCCUGGUGAUAUCUGAUGGAAUGUUACAUACCUUGAAAGUUAACAAUUAAAUAUAACGAAAAUCACUCACUUUUACAUUUUCUACUACGAAUAUCUAAAAGAAUUCUGAUCAAGUUCAACGUUUUUCUUCCCACCAUGAAAUUCGUGACAUCUGAAUGUACGUGAAAAACAUUCAUACGAUUCCUACGACAGGAUUUUUUGUUGCGGCCACCAUUUCCCGCCUCGUAAACACUCUCGUUCGAACAAUAUAUCGAUUCUUGUAAAAAUUUGAUGAAUUUCUCACAAAACGAAAAUUAAUUUAUACAUCUAUUACAACCACCGCAGUUAAAAGAAAGAAAGAAAGAACGUGCGGUAUCAUUGGCGAGUGAAAAUAAAUCCGGUAACUCUCCGAAGUCUCGACGGCGAGUAAAUUGAAUAUACAUUACGAUGAACGCUGACAAUCAGCAGAGGUAAACUCUGUUCUCGUUACUCCAAUUACGGCAUUCAGAUCACCGGGGAUUCGCGGAGAAAGCGGAGAUUUAUUCAAUCCGCAAACUAGAAUAAUAUGUUGCGGGAAUUGAAUUCGCAGAGGGGUUCGGCCAUUAGCGGAGAAAAGUUUAGCGAGUGAUAAAACUUUCAGAGUUUGCGGGUAGUUCGAAAACUAGUGGGACGCUGGGGCCUAAGACUCUGGAGAGUUUAAAGUUGGCUGUUAACUGUAGAUAUUGUACACGUGUACAGGUAUAUACGGAGGAAAAGUUCGUUUCAGAUUCGAAGGUGAACACCGUGGCUUAAUCGCGAGCUCGUUUGCGUGAGCUUCGCAAUUUUAAGAAAACUCCCCCUAGCUCCGCAUGCUUACUCGGACAACUUUCGCCCUCUUUCUGAUUCGUUGGGGGAAAAGUUGUUAAAUAAUCGUUUGGGGCGUGUAACCUGCAGUAUCUGUCUCGCUUAUGUACUUUCCAUUUUAUUUGCCCCCUUACACCCCCCCCCCCCCCCCCCCGAUCAGCAAGGUUUUUCAAUUUUCUUUGGAAAAAUUAUUGGAAGUUCCUGCUCAUUAUGAUUGCAGCCCCUUGAAUUAAGGGGAAAAAUGUAUACGUAGCUUUUGAUAUUUGAAGAGCGAUCUCCUUUCUUCGGUUUAUUAUCAGCCCUCAGGAUUGAAUUGUUUGCUCAGUUCCUCGGCGGAGAUUGACGAUUGGUCACGAGCCAAUUAUCUAAUAGCCGCGAUGCUCUCGCGAUGACGUGGCAGGAUUGUUGAACGGAAGAUUGUUGAUUGUUAAAUGAAGAUUAUCAUCAGCGUACAACCGCGAUAGAAAUUUUCACA